AUGUCAGGGCGGUGCGAGCUGCUGGGGAGGAAAGCGCUCGCCCUGCGGUCGCUGACUCCAGCGCAACACCCAGCCCUGCCGACCCCGCCGGCCGCGGCCCUGCGCCUCCGGGUGCUGGCAGCGGAGGCGCCGAUGGAGCCGGAGCUGUGCUACGUGCUGGACGCCGUCCUCUUCCUCUACGGCAUCGUCCUCACCGUCCUGUACUGCCGCCUCAAGUUCCUGGCUCGCAGAGCAUCGCAGAGCGCCUCCAAACAGAAAGAAGAAGCCAUCUACACCGGGCUCAGCACCGAGAACCAGGACACGUACGAGAUGCUCGAGCCCAAAUCCUGACCUCGUCCUCGCACCGCCGCCGUCCCUUGCCCCCAUCCCAAGGGCCCCUCCUUGCCCGCCCCCCCCAGCCACCGCUCGAUGCAGAAUUGGAGGUUUUUCUGCGCAGGAAAUGGCCGUU